AUGGCAGCAAUCCGACAUGACUGCAAAAUGUAUGACAUCAAGAGGCUGCUGUCCCUGAGGCAGUCUUGUCCCACGUUCAGGCUUACGUUGCUGAACGGUGGGACAAUCCUGGACAGCCGAGACAGCUGGCAAAAGUUGGGAAAGCCUACACGCCUGACAAUGGUGCAGGCUGCUCCUGUAGACAGCUUUGUCUAUGACUUUUGUGAAGACCUUUUAGAUGCAGCUUCCCGGGGCGACGUCCUGGAUGUGGACGAGAUCUUAGCCAAGGGGCAGUGUCCAGAUGUCCUCACGCCGGGCGGGGAAUCAGUCCUUUUCGUGGCAGCGAUGAACGGAUACCUCGAAGUUGCACAGGCGCUCUUGGGCGCCGGCGCGAGCUUGGACCGUCGAGUUCGAGGCUGGUAUACGCCUUUGUACAUCGCGUGCUGGCAAGGACAUUUGGAUGUCGUUCGCCUCUUUCUGGAAGCCGGUGCGGACCCUGAUCAGGGAUUCUGCGCAGCAGUUUUCAGAGGGCAUACCGCAGUGGUUGAGUUCAUGAUUCAGAGUGGUGCGGAUGUCCGUCAAGCCGAUGAGCACGGCCAGCUCCCAUUGCAGAUUGCAUGUGCGGAGGGUCAUCUUGCCAUCGUAACCUUGCUGGCAAAGGCCCAGGCCACAUUGGGUUGGGACCUUCAGACGGACGAGCUUCUGCACGCCGCUGUGAGUAGUAGCCAGCUUGAGGUUGCCCGGUUCUUGGUGCAGGCUGGUGUUGACCCCUCUGGGGUCGAUGCAAGUGGCGAGACCCCGCUACAGGUAGCCCGCCGUCAGGAAGACUCAGACUUGAUCCAUCUCUUGGAGAACGCUGCGGCCCAGAUGAGUGUGUCCAGGCGGUGUGCUGAUUCCCCAAACCCAUGCCUGAACCACAUUUUCCAGGAAAGGCAGCUGUGGAUGACUCCAGUUCAGACCUAG